AUGGACCGAAACUGUACAGCAGUGAGAGAAAUCCUGUCGGUGGCUGAGCGGGUCAACCCCCCACCCCCUAUGGUCAGCGGGUCAACCCCCCACCCCCUAUGGUCAGCGUGUCAGACAAGUGGCACUUGGGCACAAGCUAAGGCUUAAUUAACCUUGGCUGGAGGUUCCUGGUGGAAGGUAAACCCCCCACCCCCUAUGCGGCAGGGAAAACCCCCUAAUGACCACCCAAGGACCGCUGCCUACACCGUCCAAUGAUUAGUGUUCUGUCCAAGGCAAGAGCGUUGUUAGUAGAGCUCACUGAUUGGUCAUUCAGAAAGAGUGCCGUUUUGGCAGAACCCAUCGGCCUCCGCUUUUUGGGGAGGUACAGUAGAACAGAAGCUUUCUUGGCUCCCUCAGCCUUUUAACUCAAUGAGUAGAUAUGAUAUGAUGGAUAUAAUCUCAGAUAUGUAUCUGUGAUUCAUUACAUAAAUUUGGUUCUGUUCUGUUGUAAGUUUCUUCACACAACUGCGCUCUUCAACAUUUUGCUCUAAAUAGGCAACCGAGCUACAUUACAUCACAUCUCUACAUGAAAAUCUUUGAUGGAUUGUUGUUGGCAUUAUAUAAUGAUGUAUUCAUUUCACCAUUCCCAAAAUACCAUAUUGGUAUUCUAUUACUAAAAGCCUGCUCUUACCAACCAUUGGCUGGCUAGAUGCCCUGUGGGCUAAAUAACAUGACGCAAGAUUGUUUCUACUGGCUACAAUGACAGAAAAAAAAAUGAGGAAUGGACUUAAAUGAAUGAGUUUCUCUGGGCCUGGGGGGACUCUUAGCCUCUCAGUGAAUGGGUUUCUCUGGGCCUGGGGGGACUCUUAGCCUCUCAGUGAAUGAGUUUCUCUGGGCCUGGGGGGCUCUUAGCCUCUCAGUGCAUCAAGCCUUUUCAUUGCUUAUUCUCUCAUGAAAUUCCUCUCUCUCUCUGAUUGAAAUGGCAGCCGGCAGAGGGCAAAGCAGUGGGGGGGUGGGGGGGGGGGGGUUCUCAUCCGUUUUUUUGGUUUCUCAUCCUCUUGUGUUAUUUUCCUUGUUGUGGAGAGGAGUGGAGGGACACAUGAGUGUUACUUUGUGAUGGGACUGAGGCCCCGGGCCAACUGCCAUUGUUGUAAUGAUGUAAGAAGGACUUUCUACCAGUGGCGGCCGGUGCCGUUUUAAGAUGAGGGAGGACAAUAUUUUUUCUUCAUGAGCAUGGGCCUUAUUUCUAUUACAGCAUAUUGGAUGACUGUCAUGCAUAUUCCGUUCACCCAGUUCGAUGUAACAGCGAUAGGUUUAGGCUACUACGUGAUACUUGAAUUUCCCAUAUAACCAUCACGAGGUUGCUACAACCCUAGCCUACGAAUGAAAGUUUUACAAUGUAGGUGCACACAGGUCGAGAGACAAAUUUGAGGUGACAGACAGUGACAUUCAAUAGCGCCUUGCACACUCUUGCCUGCAUCUAGCUGAUAAAGGGUGUAAUCAUUAGUCCAACAGUUGCAAACGAGAGUUUCUGUUAGACAAAGUCAGGUAUGUUUAUCCCCGUUUUUGUUCCGUUUGCUUCCGUUUUUAAGAAACGUUUUUUCAACAGAAUCGGCGGAAUGAAUACACCCCUGAUCACGCGUAAACAAAGUUCACUCUCAUAACAGCCACGUUGUAUUCCUUCUCUUCCCUUCGCUUGUGGACUUCAAUGCUCAACACAUCAGCUGUAUGUGACCCCGGCGAAAAAACCUUUCCAAGCCAAACCGUAUCAUAACCGCUACACACAGCCUAGAUCGUUGUCCCCAUAUUAGCUAAAGUAACGUCCUAGUCAACAUAGCUAAUAGAACUAAUGCGUUAGUAAACCUGCUACAAUCAUGCAGUAACGUUCCAGUGUACAGUCAGUAAGCGGUUACACCGGCGGGCCCCGGAGGCAAUAAAUUAGUAAUACCAAACGCUUACCUUGACUUGGAAGAGUUCCAGUGUUGUGUUGGAUAGUCAUAGCCAGCUAGCUAACAUAGCAUCCCUCUGUUUGAGCAGUGUGUUUCAGUAGGCUAAACUAGCCAGCUAGCUAACAUAGCAUCCCUCUGUUUGAGCAGGGUGUUUCAGUAGGCUAAACUAGCCAGCUAGCUAACAUAGCAUCCCUCUGUUUGAGCAGGGUGUUUCAGUAGGCUAAACUAGCCAGCUAGCUAACAUAGCAUCCCUCUGUUUGAGCAGGGUGUUUCAGUAGGCUAAACUAGCUAGCUGCAUUUGCUAGCUAAGUAAGUGAAACUGAAAGUGAAAAAAAAUAUCUCUCUUGCUUCUCCUUCAUUUUGGAAGAAAUUAAUUUGUUCAAAACUGUUCAACUAUUGUCUUUCUCUCUCUUUGAGUCAAGUACUCACCAGAUGUUAUGCACUGCAGUGCUAGCUAGCUGUAGCUUAUACUUUCAGUGCUAGAUUAAUUCUCUGAUCCUUUGAUUGGGUGGACAACAUGUCAGUUCAUGCUGCAAGAGCUCUGAUAGGUUGGAGGAUGUCCUCCGGAAGUUGUCAUAAUUACUGUGUAAGUCUAUGGAAGGGGAUGAGCCUCCUAGGUUUUGUAUUGAAGUCAGUGUACCCAGAGGAGGACGGAAGCUAGCUGUCCUCCGGCUACACCAUGGUGCUACCCUACUGUUGAGUGCUGUUGAGGCUACUGUAGACCUUCUUUGCAAGAUAGUGUGUUUUUAAUCAGUUAUUUGAUGACGCAAUUAUAUUUAGUAUAUUUUUAUCUAAAAUGUAUAUCUUUUUUAAUGUUUUACCUUUUUAAUUUUAAUGAAAUUCACUGAGGAGGAUGGUCCUCCUCUUCCUCCUCUGAGAAGCCUCCACUGCUUUCUACAUAACAGGCCUGGCCCGGCUACAGUGAGUGAAAGGGAAGCUGAGCGAGUGAUGAUUUCUAAUUCAUAUCAAAAGUUAAAGCUUGACUGAACUCACAUGGAUGGACAAAGUUGGGGGCCUGUUCUCCUCUCUCUCUCUCUCUCUCUCGCUCUCUCUCUCUCUCUCUCAUUCUCCUCUCAUCACAUCUCUCAUCUCUCUCCCUCUCGUCUCUCUCUCUCUCUCUCUCCUCCUCCCUCCUCUCUCCUCUCUCUCCUCUCCCUUCUUUCUUUCUCCUCUCCUCCUCCCUAUAUCUCUCUCUCUUGCCAUAUCCUCUCUCUCUCUCCAAUCUCUACUAUCUCUCCAUAUCUCUCUCUCUCUCCUCUCUCCCUCUUCUCUCUCCCCUAUCUCUCCCUCUAUCAUCCUCUCAUAUCUCUCUCCCUACUAUACCUUUCUCCCUCUCUCUAUCUCUCUCUCCCUAUAUCUCUCUCUCCCUAUUUUAUUUUUUAUUUUUAUUUACCUUUAUUUAACUAGGCAAGUCAGUUAAGAAACAAAUUAUUAUUUACAAUGACGCCUACAUCGGCCAAACCCGGACGACGCUGGGCCAAUUGUGCGCCGCUCUAUGGGACUCCCAUCACGGCCGGUUGUGAUACAGCCUGGAAUCGAACCAGGGGGUCUGUAGUGACGCCUCAAGCACUGAGAUGCAGUGCCUUAUCUCUUUCUCUCUCCUAGCUCUCUCCCUAUCUCUCUCCCUAUCUCUCUCCCUAGCGCUCUCUCUCUCUUUCUCUCUCUCUCCUCUCCCUCUCCCUCUCCCUCUCCCUCUCCCUCUCCCUCUCUCCCUAUCUCUCGCCCGCUCUCUCUUCAGUACUGGUGACACUGGGUGUCGUCUCUUCCAAUUCUUCUCAUUUUAGUUAUGAAAUCAAAGAAUUGGCAGUUGGUCUUAAGGGACCCCUACAGUCGAAGGUAUUUCAGUAGAGGGUAGUAGUUAGUUGGGUAGUUAGUUACUGUCUGCCCAGGGUAGUAGUUAGUUGGGUAGUUAGUUACUGUCUGCCCAGAAGGACUGGGAUGUGUGUGAUCUACCUUUCUGGACUCAAACACCCAGUGGCUUUUUCCAUCUUUAUCCACCACCUCAGGCCCACCAUCAACCGCCCUGUGAUGUUCUGAAAUAUAGUAGUGGAGUCAAUACAUCAUUAGCCUACUGACUUAUAUUGAUAAUCCACCCCCAGAAAGAAAUAUCAUGAAAUUCCUGUCAAUUUGGUGAAAACCUAUGUUCUGUCAGUGGGUAAAAUAUAAACAUUUCCCCAUGAUUUAAAUUCUAAGUGGUCCGUCUUGAGUGCAUACAUUUUUCAUACUGGCCCCCCCGUGGGAAACGAACCCACAACCCUGGCGUUGCAAGCGCCAUGCUCUACCAACUGAGCUACAGGGGGACUAACAUACUUGUUUAGAACACAUCUAUCUACAGUGCCUUCAGAAAGUAUUAAUACCCCUUGACUUAUUCCACAUGUUGUUGUUACAUCCUGAAUUCAAAAUGGGAUUAAAUAGAUUUUUUCACCCAUCUACACACAACAUCCCAUAAUGACAAAGUGAAAACAUGUUUUCAAAUGUAUUGAAAAUGAAAUAUCUCAUUUACAUAAGUAUUCACAACUCUUAGUCAAUACAUAUUAGAAUCAACUUUGUCAGCGAUUACAGCUGUGAGUCUUUCUGGGUAAGUCUCUAAGAGCUUUGCACACCUGGAUUGUACAAUAUUUGCACAUGAUUAUUUUCAAUAUUCUUCAAGCUUUGUCGAGUUGGUUGUUGAUUAUUGCUAGACAACAAUUGUCUUGCCAUAGAUUUUCAAGCCGAUUUAAGUCAAACCUGUAACUAGGCUUCUUAGGAACAUUCAAUGUUGUCUUGGUAAGCAACUCCAGUGUAUAUUUGGCUUUGUGUUUUAGGUUAUUGUCCUGCUGAAAGGUGAAUUCAUCUCCCAGUGUCUGUUGGAAAGCAGACUAAACCAGGUUUUCCUCUAGGAUUAUUUUUAUCCUGAAAAAAAAACUCCCUAGUCCUUGUCAAUGACAAGCAUACCCAUAACAUGAUGCAGCCACCACCAUGCUUUAAAAUAUGAAGAGUGGUACUCGGGGAUUAGUUGUUUGGAUUUGCCCCAAACUUAACGCUUUGUAUUCAGGACAUAAAGUUAAUUUCUUUGCCAAAUCUUUUCAGUUUUACUUUAGUGCCUUAUUGCCUGUUGAAAUCACCGGCCACUUUAAGAAAUGGAACACUAGUCACUUUAAUAAUGUUUACAUAUCUUGCACUACUCAUCUCAAAUGUAUAUACUGCAUUCUAUUCUAUAAUAUUCUACUGUAUCUUAGUCCAUGCCGCUCUGUCAUUGCUUGUCCAAAUAUGUAUAUAUUCUUAAAUUCCGUUCCUUACUAGUUUUGUGUGUAUUGGGUAUAUGUUGUGAAAUUGUUAGAUAUUACUGCACUGUCAGAGCUAGAAGCAUAAGCAUUUCGCUACACCUGCUAUAACAUCUGCUAAACACGUGUAUGUGACAAAUACAAUUUGAUUGGAUUUGAUUAUUGCAUACAGGAUGCAUGGUUUGAAAUAUUUCCGUCUUUUCCCUCUGUCACUUAGGUUAGUAUUGUGGAGUAACUACAAUGUUCUUGAUCCUUCAGUUUUCUCCUAUCACAGCCAUUAAACUCUGUAACUGUUUUGAAGUCACCAUUGGCCUCAUGGUGAAAUCCCUGAACGGUUUCCUUCCUCUCCGCCAACUGAGUUAGGAAGGACGCCUGUAUCUUUUGUAGUGACUGGGUGUAUUGAUACACCAUCCAAAGAGUAAUUCAUAGCUUCACCAUGCUCAAAGGGAUAUUCAAUGUCUGUUUUUUUUAUAUUUACCCAUCUACCAAUAGGAGCCCUUCUUUGCGAGGCAUUGGAAAACCUCCCUGGUCUUUGGUUGAAUCUGUGUUUGAAAUUCACUGCUCGACUGAGGCACAUUACAGAUAAUUGUAUGUGUGGGGUACAGAGACGAGGUAGUCAUUCAAAUAUCAUGUUAAGUCCAUGCAACUUAUUAUGUGACUUGUUAAGCACAUUUUUUACUCCUGAACUUAUUUAUGUCUGGCAGACAUAUCAGUAUGGAUGACGGAUCACCACCUCAAGCUGAACCCUGGCAAGACGGAGCUGCUCUUCCUCCCGGGGAAGGACUGCCCGUUCCAUGAUCUCGCCAUCACGGUUGACAACUCCGCUGUGUCCUCCUCCCAGAGUGCGAAGAGCCUAGGCGUGACCCUGGACAACACCCUGUCGUUCUCCGCCAACAUCAAGGCGGUGACCCGCUCCUGCAGGUUCAUGCUCUACAACAUUCGGAGAGUACGACCCUGCCUUACACAGGAAGCGGCACAGGUCCUAAUCCAGGCACUUGUCAUCUCCCGUCUGGACUACUGCAACUCGCUGUUGGCUGGCCUCCCUGCCUGUGCCAUCAAACCCCUACAACUCAUCCAGAAUGCCGCAGCCCGUCUGGUGUUCAACCUUCCCAAGUUCUCUCACGUCACCCCCCUCCUCCGCACACUCCACUGGCUUCCAGUUGAAGCUCGCAUCCGCUACAAGACCAUGGUGCUUGCCUAUGGAGCAGUGAGGGGAACGGCACCUCUGUACCUUCGGGCUCUGAUCAGUCCCUACACCCAAACGAGGGCAUUGCGUUCAUCCACCUCUGGCCUGCUGGCUCCCCUUCCUCUGCGGAAGCAUAGUUCCCGCUCAGCCCAGUCAAAACUGUUCGCUGCUCUGGCACCCCAAUUGGUGGAACAAGCUCCCUCACGACGCCAGGACAGCGGAGUCAAACUCACCCCUUCCGGAGGCAUUUGAAACCCCACCUCUUUAAGGAUACUGGGAUAGGAUAAAGUAUCCUUCAUACCUCACCCAUCCAAGGACUCACUCCCUAAAUUGUAAGUGUCAUCCACCUGGCUAUUAGGGUGACGCACCAAUUGGUUGUGCUCUGUAAGGACGUCCUAAAUGACUAAGGCCUUGAGCAAGCAUUAUCCCUAAUGGUCCGUAAGUCGCUCGGAUAAGAGGUCAUGCUAAUGACAAAUUUAUGGAAUUUAAAAUUUUUAUCCUCCAUUAGGCUUGCCAUAACAAAGGGGUUGAAUACUUAUUGACUCAAUACAUUUUUAAUUCAUUUGUAAACAUUUCUAAAAACAUAAUUCCUCUUUGACAUUAUGCGGUAUUGUGUGUAGGCCAGUGACACGAAAUCUGUUCUGGGCAAUACUGAAUCAAAUUAACGAAAUUAGUUGAAAGAUUCGUUCUUUUGACUGAACGAGUCAGUAAAGAUCUGAGUCAGUAAAGAUCUGAGUCAGUAAAGAUCUGAGUCAGUAAAAAGAGCCUAACUUCCCGACACUAGUUUCUCCUCUGAAACCCCGCGCACAGGCCGUUUUGUGUUGCCAUGGCAACCACUAACGCAAAGUUUUGAGCUAGAAACAUGAUCUCUAACAGGUUGAACAUGGCGAAAUUGUAACUCCUAAAUUGAUAGUGCAGUUUGUUUCAGGGAUUUUACAACUAGCUAGCUACUUCACAUGCUGAUAUGGACUUUGGUAUUGUGUGUCGCUACGUUUUACAGCCUGUCCAGAGAGAACGCAUUGCAUUGUGGGUUUUGUAGUCGACCUGAGCUCCAGCAGAUUUCCAUAACAAUUUUUUACAUGUUGCUUCCUAUCUUAUUAUAACGAUGAAAUGCAAAAAAAAGGAAAUCACAACAUAUUGUUCUCACAAAUUAUUUAACAAUGUAAAUCAAAGGAAUUUGUGGUUUUAAGUGGAUUAUUCCUUUAAAAGCCGUGAUGUCAUGUUCCCCAAAAUCACUUGGGAAAAGAGAUGCAUUGUGUCUAUGAAGCAUUGUAAAGCCAAUGUACACUGUUAAUUACAAUGUUAGAAACAAGACUAACCGUAAACGUGAUUUUAAAUGUAUAUAAGCUGUUCUGUAGCCUUUGAAAUACUCUUUUUGGGACAUAACAUUAACUCUUACUUCCUCUCAGGCUGUUUGAAGGCUCCUCACCAAAGAAGAGGGAGAAACUUAAAACACUUUUGUGCUAUUUUAGAAGUGUAACCGAGCAAAGUACGUUUUUUUUUAAUUAUCAAAUCAAUGUUAUGUAAAUUAUGUUAUAUUGGUUUCAAACCAAAAGCAUUGAUAAUUGAUUGAACUUUUUUGGUUUGUUUUAUUUUUCAGGACCUACUGGACUUGUAACAUUCACAAGAAAAUGUUUGGAUCGUCCCCCGAACUGGAAAAAGUAAUCCACUUCAUGAGAAAUUACUGUCCAUUUAUUCUAUCCAAUAACUGUUAUGGAUUUGAUCCACGUAGGAACAAGGGAAACAUAUAUUUACUGAAUGGUGAUCGAGCUAAAAAGGUCAUUCAUUUUGCUAUGUUUCAGCUCCCAGAAUCAGCUCACAAAGCUCCACAUAACAUGUGCAGGAACCAUAGAAGACGACGGGAACGGCAUGCUGCAGGUAACCUGUAUGGAAGAGUUGACAGACAGCUCUAUACGACUGAAUGUAUGGUCUGUGUCCCAAAUGGCACCCUAUUUCCUAUUUAGUGCACAACUAUUUUUAAUUUUUUAAUUUUAGGGCUCUGGUCAAAAGCAGUGGAUGUUAUAGGGAAUAGGGUGCCAUUUUGAGUCGCAGUCGUGUUGUGCACAAGUACAGAGAGAGCAGGAUAUAGUAUUCUCAAAUGGCACCCUAUUUCCUAUUUAGUGCACAACUAUUUUUUUUUAAAUUUUAGGGCUCUGGUCAAAAGCAGUGGAUGUUAUAGGGAAUAGGGUGCCAUUUUGAGUCGCAGUCGUGUUGUGCACAAGUACAGAGAGAGCAGGAUAGAGUAUUCUAGAAGCAGCUUGGUGGAGCAGGACUCUUACUGUACAUUCCAGGAUUCUUCAUUCCAUAUUCUAAGCCACACAUCCAGCCUAGAGGAGAUCUCUGUUUGAAAGGUGGCUUCUCCUCUCCCUGUUGGAUUGUCUUUCUCUUCUCCUUUUAUGUGCUGUGGUUGUCAGUCACGGAGUCGCCUCACACACGUACUCCCGGCUUUAACUCAGAAUGCUUACUGCCGCUGAACAGGUCCUUUGAGGAAGCGGACGGUUGACAACACGUCUGUGGGACUGCAUGUGUGUAUGCGUGCAUUUGUGCGUGUGUUUUCAUGCGUGCCAAAAGUAUGUGUGUGUGUGUGUGUGUGUGUGCUGGGACUGGGGUCGAGACCCUGCUCUCCCUCUGCUCUCUACCCAGUCCCUUCCCCUCUCUCCCUGUCAGGACGGUCCUCUCUCCCCUCUCCCCUCUCCCCUCUCCCUCUCCCCCUCUCCCCUCUCCCCUCUCCCCCUCUCCCCUCUCCCCUCUCCCCUCUCUCCUCUCCCCUCUCCUCCUCCUCUCCUCUCUCCUCUCUCCUCUCUCCCUCUCCCCUCUCCCCUCUCCCCCUCUCUCCUCUCUCCUCUCCCCUCUACCCUCUACCCUCUCCCCUCUCCCCUCUCUCCUCUCUCCUCUCCCCUCUCCCUUUCACCUUUUGUUUGCCUGCGGAGGCUGUGGUUGCCACGGGCUGACAGCUGAUGGGUGACAUGACCAGAUCCAGCUAGGGCCCGGGCACCCUGCCAUCAGUGAAGGGCCCUCUGGUGAGGAGGGGCUCUCUGACAGCCUGUCAAAGAAAGAGCAGACUGUGUGUGUGCCGCAUCCUGGGCCCCUUGUCCCACCUCCCAACUGUCUGACUGACUGCCUGGGCCCCCCGUCCCACCUCCCAACUGUCUGACUGACUGCCUGGGCCCCCCGUCCCACCACCCAACUGUCUGACUGACUGCCUGGGCCCCCCGUCCCACCACCCAACUGACUGACUGACUGCCUGGGCCCCCCGUCCCACCUCCCAACAGUCUGACUGACUGCCUGGGCCCCCCGUCCCACCUCCCAACUGUCUGACUGACUGCCUGGGCCCCCCGUCCCACCUCCCAACUGUCUGACUGACUGCCUGGGAGUCUUUGGUGAGGAGGUGAGACGGGAGGUGAGACGGGAGGUGAGACGGGAGGUGAGACGGGAGGUGAGACAGACCCAGUUGGCCCUGCCUGGCCUGGGCUGUCUGAGGGACAGUGUGCCAAAACUGACAGUCCUGAAAAUGGUGGAUUAUACAGUUUCCUAUGCAGCAAAACAAUCAGUAUUCCUGUCUAUAUCAGGCCUUGAAGAACCUUGUUUUGUUUCUUGUUUUGUUGUGAAAUGGUAAACAAUGAUAAUAAACAGACCUGGUGCUAUAAAUUGGCAGCUUCAUUAUGCCUGUUGAACAGUUCAUUUGCAGAAUAAAAGGAUAACUUCAAUUUAGGAAAUAAAAGUAGGACGUCAUACAUAGAUUAAGACGAGGAACUCUCCUCAAUUUAGCAACGGCAGGUAGUGACUUGACUGGGUUGGUACUGACCCUGGGGUUGCAUCCCAAAUAGCACCCUAUUCCUGGUAUAGUGCGCUGCUUUUAACCAGAGUGCUAUGGCCCUUGGUCAAAAGUAGUGUGCUAUAUAGAGAAAAGGGUGCAAUUUGGGAUUCAACCUGUGAGUGAAUCUGGGGUGCAGAGAGCAGGACAGGAGUUCUGCUCUGUUCUGACUCUGUUGUGAUGUUGGCUGUCUCCUGGGCUGACAUGGCAGUUCCUCUGUUGUGAUGUUGGCUGUCUCGGCAGUUCCUCUGUUGUGAUGUUGGCUGUCUCCUGGGCUGACAUGGCAGUUCCUCUGUUGUGAUGUUGGCUGUCUCCUGGGCUGACAUGGCAGUUCCUCUGUUGUGAUGUUGGCUGUCUCCUGGGCUGACAUGGCAGUUCCUCUGUUGUGAUGUUAGUUGUCUCCUGGGCUGACAUGGCAGUUCCUCUGUUGUGAUGUUGGCUGUCUCCUGGGCUGACAUGGCAGUUCCUCUGUUGUGAUGUUGGCUGUCUCCUGGGCUGACAUGGCAGUUCCUCUGUUGUGAUGUUGGCUGUCUUCUGGGCUGACAUGGCAGUUCCUCUGUUGUGAUGUUGGCUGUCUCCUGGGCUGACAUGGCAGUUCCUCUGUUGUGAUGUUGGCUGUCUCCUGGGCUGACAUGGGCAGUUCACUCUGUUGUGAUGUUGGCUGUCUCCUGGGCUGACAUGGCAGUUCCUCUGUUGUGAUGUUGGCUGUUCUCCUUGGGCUGACAUGGCAGUUCCUCUGUUGUGAUGUUGGCUGUCUCCUGGGCUGACAUGGCAGUUCCUCUGUUGUGAUGUUGGGCUGUCUCCUGGGCUGACAUGGCAGUUCCUGUUGGGAUGUUGGCUGUCUCUGGGCUGACAUGGCAGUUCUCUGUGUGUUUUCCCCCGUAACAUUGAAUCUGGGCAGACAGAGGACAGGGUGUCUCUUGUUUGCUUGUUGUGAUGUUGGCUGUCUCCUGGGCUGACAUGGCAGUUCCUCUGUUGUGAUGUUGGUGUCUACUGGGCUGACAUGGCAGUCCUCUGUGUGAUGUUGGCUGUCUCCUGGGCUGACAUGAGCAGUUUCCUCUGUUGUGAUGUUGGCUGUCUCCUGGGCUGACCAUGCAUCCUGCUUGUGAUGUUGGCUGUCUCUGGGCUACAUGCAGUCCUGUUGUGAUGUUGCUGUCUCCUGGCUGACAUGCAGUCUCUCUGUGUUAGUUGGCUGUCUCUGCUGACAUGCAGUUCCUCUGUUGUCAUCCCUGCUCUGCUGUCAUAACCUGCGGCUGACAUGGCAGUCACUCUGUUGCUGUUGCUGUCUCUGGCUUGCAUGGCAGUUCACUUGUUCUAGUGUGCAUCACUCUGGCUUGACAUGUGCCAGUUCACCCUGCUUGCUGUCAUCACCCUGUCUGGCUGUCCAUCACCCUGCUCUGCUGUCCAUCACUGCUCUGCUGUCCAUCACUGCUCUGCUGUCCUCACUGCUCUGCUGGCCAUCACUCUGCUCUGUGUCCAUCACCCUGCUCUGCUGUCCUCACCUGCUCGGCUGUCCAUCACCUUCUCUGUUCCAUCAUUGCUCUGCUGUCAUCACUUGGCUCUGCUGUGUCCAUCACUCUGCUCUGCUGUCCAUCACUGCUCUGCUGUCCAUCACUUCUGCUCUGCUUGUCCAUCACUCUGCUCUGCUUUCCAUCACUCUGCUCUGCUGUCCAUCACUGCUCUGCUGUCCAUCACUCUGCUCUGCUGUCCAUCACUGCUCGACUGCUGCUGUCCAUCACUGCUCUGCUGUCCAUCACUCUGCUCUGCUGUCCAUCACCUGCUCUGCUGUAUACCUCUGCUCCACCUGCUCUGCUGUCCAUCACUCUGCUCUGCUGUCCAUCCUCUGUUUCCAAUGCUGUUCCAUCACUUCUUGCUUCCUCAUGCUCUGUUCCAUCACUGCUCUGCUGUCCAUCACUGCUCUGCUGUCCAUCACUCUGCUCUGCUGUCCAUCACUCUGCUCUGCUGUCCAUCACCUGCUCUGCUGUCCACUGUCUGCUUCCUGCAUUCUGCUUGUCCAUCACUGCUGCUUCACUGUCUGUCCAUCACCUGCUCUGCUUUCCAUCACUCUGCUCUGCUGUCCAUCACCCUGCUCUGCUGUCCAUCACCUGCUCUGCUGUCCAUCACCUGCUCUGCUGUCCAUCACUCUCUGCUUCUAUCUGCUUUCCAUCACUCUGCUCUGCUGUCCAUCACCCUGCUCUGCUGUCCAUCACCCUGCUCUGCUGUCCAUCACCUGCUCUGCUGUCCAUCACUGCUCUGCUUUCCAUCACUCAUGCUCUGCUGGUCCAUCACUCUGCUCUGCUGUCCAUCACCCUGCUCUGCUGUCCAUCACUGCUCUGCUGUCCAUCACCGUUGCUCAUGCUGUCCAUCACCCUGCUCUGCUGUCCAUCACUGCUCUGCUGUCCAUCACUGCUCUGCUGCCAUCACUCUGCUCUGCUGUCCAUCACUGCUCUGCUGUCCAUCACCCUGCUCUGCUGUCCAUCACCUGCUCUGCUGUCCAUCACCCUGCUCUGCUGUCCAUCACCCUGCUCUGCUGUCCAUCACCCUGCUCUGCUGUCCAUCACCCUGCUCUGCUGUCCAUCACCCUGUUGCUGUGCCAUCACCCUGCUCUGCUGUCCAUCACCCUGCUCUGCUGUCCAUCACCCUGCUCUGCUGUCCAUCACCUGCUCUGCUGUCCAUCACCCUGCUCUGCUGUCCAUCACCCUGCUCUGCUGUCCAUCACCCUGCUCUGCUGUCCAUCACCUGCUCUGCUGUCCCAUCACUCUGCUCUGCUGUCCAUCACCCUGCUCUGUGUCCAUCACCUGCUCUGCUGUCCAUCACCCUGUUCUUGCUGUCCGCAUCACCCUGCUCUGCUGUCACCCGCUCUCUGUCCAUCACCCUGCUUGCUGGCCACACCCUGCUCUGCUGUCCACACCCUGCUCUGCUGUCCAUCACCCUGCUCUGCUGUCCACACCUGCUCUGCUGUCCAUCACCACUGCUCUGCUGUCCAUCUCUGCUCUGCUGUCCAUCCCACUGCUCUGCAGGUGACUUUAUCAUCCUCUUUUUCCCCUGAUGCUUCCUAGUCCACCCUGUCUGUCUCACUCUCUCUGCUGCACUCUCUCUCUCUCUUCUCUCUCUCUCAUCUCUCUCUCUCCUCUGCUCUCUCUCUCUCCUCUCCUCUAUUCCUAGAUCUCCUCUCUCUCUCUCUCUCUCUCUCUCUCUCUCUCUCUCUCUUCUCUCUCUCUCUCUCUCUCUCUCUCUCUCUAUGCAGGUGGACUUUGCCAACCGGUUUGUGGGCGGAGGGGUCACGUCAUCAGGUCUGGUUCAGGAAGAGAUUCGCUUCCUGAUUAACCCAGAACUCAUCGUCUCUCGCCUCUUCACUGAAGCCCUGCAGUACAAUGAGUGUCUCGUCAUCACAGGUCAGACAGCCCCUAAAAACAAUCCCCACUACUGUCUACCCUAGGAACCAUACUGCAGUUCAACUGCACUGCUGACUCCUAUCAAAAAUAUAGAAACGCAACAUGUAAAGUGUUGGUCCCAUGUUUCAUGAGCUGAAAGAAAAGAUCCCAUAAAUAUUUAUAACGUACAAAAAGCUUAUUUCUCUCAAAUGUUGUGCACAAAUUGGUUUACAUCGCUGUUAGUGAGCAUUUCUCCUUUGCCAAGAUAAUCCAUCCACCUGACAGGUGUGGCAUAUCAAGAAGAUGAUUAACCAGCAUGAUCAUUACAUUAGUGGACCUUGUGCUGGGGACAAUAAAAGGCCACUCUAAAAUGUGCAGUUUUGUCACACAACACAAUGCAACAGAUGUCUCAAGUUUUGAGGGAGCAUGCAAUUGGCAUGCUGACUGCAGGAAUGUCCACCAGAGCUGUUGCCAGAUAAUUUAAUGGUAAUUUCUCUACCAUAAGCCGCCUCCAAUGUCGUUUUAUAGAACUUGUCAGUACGUCCAACCGGCCUCACAACCGCAGACCACGUGUAUGGCGUCAUCUUGGCGAGCGGUUUGCUGAUGUCAACGUUGUGAACAGAGUGUUGCAUGGUGGGGUUAGGGAAUUGGCAGGCUUAAGCUACGGACAAAAAGCACAAUUGUAUUUUAUCGAUGGCAAUUUGAAUGCACAGAGAUACCGUGACGAGAUCCUGAUGCCCAUUCUGAGGCCCAUUUGUUUAAGGUAUCUGUGACCAACGGAUGCAUAUCUGUAUUCCCAGUCAUGUGAAAUCCAUAGAUUAGGACAUUCAUGAAUUUAUUUCAAUUCACUGAUUUCCUCAUAUGAACUGGAACUCAGUAAAAUCAAUGAAAUUGUUGCAUGUUGCGUUUUACAUUUUUUGUUCAGUAUAUGUAUUGAUGGACAAGAAUCUGUUGAGAAUCUGAGAGCGCAAGGCCAGGUAUAGGCAUUGUGUGUAUAUAUAUGGCUGGCUGGGGUACUUCGUAAUGCUGUGUACAGUGGAGCCCUCAUCUGAAGGAGGAAAUAACAGGACAGACGACAGCAGAACCCUUCAACCCUUCAGUCCAACCUGUCAGGUACCUCUCACAGCACCAGGCAGCAGUCCAGAGGACCUACUGCUGUGA